CGACAGACGUCGCUAGCACGCUUUAUUUCCACACAACAAAACAUCAGCUCUAUUUCCUGUUCUGCGCAGUGGCGUGGAAACAAUAAUGGCGGUGACUGAUAAAUCUACGAAAGAGCGAUUAUUAUCGGUACUGGACGAUUUAGAAGUGUUAUCCAGGGAAUUGAUAGAGAUGCUUGCACUGUCAAGGAGCCAAAAACUCCCCCAAGGAGGCGAGGACACCCAGAUCCUGGAGCUGCUGGUGCAGCGAGACAGAGAGUUCCAGGAGCUGAUGAGGGUGGCACAGGAGCAGGGCAAGGUGCACCAAGAGAUGCAGGUCCUGGAGAAGGAGGUGGAGAAGAGAGACUGCGACAUCCAGCAGCUCCAGAAACAGCUGAAGGAGGCUGAACAUAUACUGGCGACUGCUGUAUACCAAGCAAAGGAGAAGCUAAAAUCUAUUGAUAAGGCCAGAAAAGGGAGCAUCUCCUCAGAAGAGAUCAUCAAAUAUGCCCACAGGAUUAGUGCCAGCAAUGCAGUGUGUGCCCCUCUCAACUGGGUACCAGGUGAUCCACGUAGACCUUACCCGACUGACCUGGAGAUGCGCAGUGGAAUGUUGGGUCACAUGAGCAAUCUGCCAACUAAUGGCGUGAACGGACACCUCCCUGGAGAUGCACUGGCUGCUGGGAGAUUGCCGGAUGUGCUUACACCCCAGUACCCCUGGCAAUCGUCCGACGUCUCAGUGGGUAUGCUCCCCCCGCACCAUGGCAACGACUUUGGGCUGGAGCCCCCCGGCCACAACAAAGAGAACGAGGAUGACGUGGAAGCUAUGUCUACAGACUCAUCCAGCAGCAGCAGCGACUCGGACUGACUGGCUGAGUGUGUGUGUCUGUCUGUCCAUCCGUCAAUCAGCCCGCCCACCUGUGUGUAUAUAUCUGAAUCAUCAGCUGACUGUGUGUUGGGAAUUGGACACUCCCAGUACCUCGUAGAGCCAGCUAUCCAUCACACUCAUAACCUAUACGAAAAGCUAGAGUUUGAGCACUCUGACCCUCUCUUUUCCCAGCUUGUUGAUGAAACAUUUGUACUAAAUUAUGUCAUCCCCAAUGUAAUACACUAUAUAUACUUUUGAAUGUGGACACCCCUUCAAAUUAGUGGAUUUGGUUAUUUCAGCCACACCCUUUGCUGACAGGUGUAUACAAUCGAGCACACAGCUAUGCAAUCUCCAUUGAUGAACUUUGUCAGUAGAAGGGCCUUACUAAAGAGCUUAGUGACGUUCAACGUGGCAACAUAGGAUGCCACCUUUCCAACAAGUCAAUUCGUCAAAUUUCUACCCUGCUAGAGCUGCCCCUGUCAACAGUGCUGUUCUCUGGAGUGAUGUGUCAUGCUGUGCCAUCUGGCAGGCCGACGGACGGAUCUGGAUUUGGCGGAUGCCAGGAGAACGCUACCUGCCCGACUGAAUAGUGCCAACUGUACAGUUUGGUGGAGGAGGAAUAAUGGUCUGAGGCUGUUUUUCAUGGUUCGGGCUAGGCCCCUUAGUUCCAGUGAAGGGAAAUCUUAACUCUACAAGAUACAAUGACAUUCUAGACGAUUCUGUGCUUCCAACCUUGUGGCAACAGUUUGAGGAAGGCCCUUUCUUGUUUCAGCAUGACAAUGCCCCCAUGUACAAAGCGAGGUCCAUAAAGAAAUGGUCUGUCGAGAUCGGUGUGGAAGAACUUGACUGAUCUGCACAGAGCCCUAAUCUCAACCUCAUCGAACACAUUUGGAUACGCUGAUUCAGUUCAGGGAAAUGUCUGAUACUACGUAACUCUGAUGGUGAUAACAAUGGCGUAUUCCUUUCAUUGUCUAUCUGGCUCCCCAUCAUUUGUUUAUUUAGUUUUUUUUAGAGACUGACAAUGGGGAAUAGUGUUGAAAAGUACAUGUACCCUUGAAGGGAAUAUAAAUGUAUUUGUUUUGAAAGAAUGUGUUGCAGAUUUAAACCCAAGUGCUCCUUAACGUCUCUGCUAUUGGUUAAAACAUCUCUCCAGGAGUAGACUUUUAAUUUCUUCUGCUUGCCUAGUCCACACUUGCCGGCCAAGGUUCAUCAAGCACACCAUAUAUUCUUUAUAUAGAAAGUCAUUUUUGUUUUGUUUGACUGAUGAGUGUUUGCUCCAUGUGUAAAUAGGUCUGUAUAUACAGUAGGUUUUUCCAAACCGUAUAAAUAAAUACCACUUUUGAGUAAA